AUGAGUAAACUCUCUCUGAAUUGGAAGAAUCUCUCUUCAAGAAUAGCUAAGGACUCAGGUAAACCCAUAAUCAAGAAGAAGAAAAUCAUACAGAAGUCAGAUAAGAUAAAAAAACAAAUUAAUGAAGUAGUGGCUAAGAAAUCAGUAUCAUCAGAACCAAUUACUACCACCACCAUUGUCACACCCAAGUCAGCCAUUGAAGCUAUAUUGCUGACUGAUAAGGAAAUAACGAAUAAUGAUCUUGAAGAUAAUAGUGUCAAGUUAAUACCGAUUGGUAAUGAUUCAAGAAGAAUAGAACCAGGUAAAUAUUUAUCGAUGGAUUGUGAAUUUGUGGGUGUUGGUCCUGAAGGUGAAGAAUCUGCCCUUGCUCGAGUUUCAAUCGUUAAUUUCUAUGGUCAUGUCAUAUUAGAUGAGUUUGUGAAACCAAGAGAGAAAGUAACUGAUUGGAGAACUUGGGUUAGUGGAGUUACUCCAAAACAUAUGCAUAAUGCUAUUUCUUUCAGUGAAGCUCAAAAGAAAACAUCAGAUUUAUUAAAUAAUAGAAUAUUAGUGGGUCAUGCUAUUCAUCAUGAUCUUGAUGCAUUAUUUUUAUCCCAUCCAAAAGUCAUGAUACGGGAUACUACUCAAUAUCUUCCAUUUAGACAAAUAGCGAGUGGUAGAACUCCAUCCUUAAAGAAACUUACUCUGCAUUUUUUAAAAAUUGAUAUUCAAGGUGCUGCUCAUUCUUCAGUUGAAGAUGCAAGAGCAACCAUGCUAUUAUUCAGACUUUAUAAAAGAGAUUUUGAAAAGCAAAUGAGACUGAAACUUAAUACUCAUAAGAAACCAUAG